UGAGAAGAAAGUUUGGUUAAAAUGACAAGGACGUUGUCUCUGGGAAUCUCGAAGACAACACGCCAGUUUUGCUGUCUCUAUCCAGAUAUUUAAUAAGUGGAGCAAGGGAUUCAUUCGAUCAUCCUUCCUGCUCAGACUGUGAGGAGGGAUUCACUCAGUCACCUGACCGACUGGCACACCCGUAAUUUUACAGAGGGGAAAGGCCAUUCACCUACUCAGACAGUGGGAAUGGAUUCACUCGGUCAUCUCAACUGAAAGUACAUCAACACGUUCACACUGGGCAAGGCCAUUGACCUAUUCUGUGUGUGAGAAGGGAUUCAGCUGGUCUUCCUACCUGUGGACACACCAGUCAGUUCACAUUGGGCAGAGGCUGGUCAGCUGCUGAAUUUGUGGGGAAGGAUUCACUCAGUCAUCUGACCUAAUGGCUCACCAGCGAGUUCGCACUGGGGAGAGGCCAUUCACCUGCUCGGACUGUGGGAAGGGAUUCACUUGCUCAUCCCAACUGAAGGUACAUCAGCGAGUUCACACUGGGGAGAGGCCGUUCACUUGCUUAGUCUGUGGGAAGGGAUUCACUCAGUCAUCCCAAUUGAAGAUACAUCUGCGAGUUCACACUGGGGAGAGGCCAUUCACCUGCUCGGACUGUGGGAAGGGAUUCACUUGCUCAUCCCAACUGAAGGUACAUCAGCGAGUUCGCACUGGGGAGAGGCCGUUCACUUGCUCAGUCUGUGGGGAGGGAUUCACUCAGUCACCCCAAAUGAAGAUACAUCUGCAAGUUCACACUGGAGACAGGCCUUUCACCUGUUCAGACUGUGGGAAGGGAUUCACUCGAUCAUCUAACCUGAAGGUACAUCAGCGAGUUCACACUGGGGAGAGGCUGUUCACCUGCUUAGACUGCGGGAAGGGUUUCACACAGUCAUCCCAUCUAUUAGCACACCAGUCAGUUCACAGUGGGGAAUGGCUGGUCACCUGCUCAGACUGUGGGAAAGGAUUCACUUUCUCAUCUCACCUGAAGAUACAUCAGCGAGUUCACACUGGGGACAGGCCAUUCACCUGCUCAGAAUGUGGGAAAGGAUUCACUUUGUCAACUCAGUUAUUGAGACACCAGUCAGUUCACACUGGAGAGAGGGCAUUCACCUGCUCAGACUGGGGGAAUGGAUUCACUCGGUCAUCUCAACUGAAAGUACAUCAACACGUUCACACUGGGCAAGGCCAUUGACCUAUUCUGUGUGUGAGAAGGGAUUCAGCUGGUCUUCCUACCUGUGGACACACCAGUCAGUUCACAUUGGGCAGAGGCUGGUCAGCUGCUGAAUUUGUGGGGAAGGAUUCACUCAGUCAUCUGACCUAAUG